AUGGAGCCCAAUCCUAUGCAAGCAGUCAUCCAAACAGCAGAAGUGCUGGUCGCUUCCACCUGCGAGCACUCACGCAUGCUGAGCGCAGAACAAUUUAACGACAUGAAGAACGACCCCGUCCUAGCAUCCCACCACCUCACCAAGCUCGGCUGCCCAGAAGGUACAUCACUCGACGAUGUCCUCACCAAAACCAAUCCGCAGUACGUCCAGCUUCCCGGUCCCUGCGGCGGUCCCUCCUGCCAGAACAUCGACCCGAUGCUUUGGAAUGCUCGACUGUGCGCGGCAUUUGAGCAAGCCGAAGAGACCGUAAGAGGCAUCCUCACAGCAGACGUCGAGCUUGGAUACGAGUACCACAAUAUCGGUCCAGCAGUGCGAGCCAAAAGUGCAAACGACAAAGUCUGCGAGCUGACUCAUGAACAGUUCGGCAUUGAACGCCGCAGAGUCGACGACGAUCCCUUCUUCGCUCCUCUACGCAAAAUCGUCAACCUUCUCAUGCGGACUGGCGUUCUGCGCAACCCAUCAAUGAUCAAGCCGCCGGUCGUCAAAGUCUUGCUUCAUACAUUGAGCAGCAUGCGUGCCAAUGUCGCGGUUCUCUCCGCUUUGGACGAUGAUCUGGCAACAGGGGUGCAGUAUCUGCAGCAAGUUGAGCUCAAUGGCGAUUUCAAGGUGCAGCAGAACCACUUCCCUAGCAAAGUCCCUGGUGGACAGCUGAAGAGGGCGAACAAGAGCAUCCUUCCCACAAUGCUUUUCGAGCAGGCGGUGAGGUGGAAGUGGCGUGCACGGAUCUAUGGGUUACUUCAGUUCCUUGGUCAACAACCUCACAUACUCGUCUGUCGAAACACUAGAUAG